AUGUUCAUACACUGUGUACAUUAUGUUUCUCAGGAGUCCCACAGAAACCCUACCCUUACCUCUAAAUAUAACCCUUACCUUAAACCUACCCCUAAAUCUAGCCUUAGCCCUCACCUCAGUGACAACAAAUACGAGUCUCGCGAGACUUUGAUAUUCGGACGGUUACCUUCUAGACACAGCCCUCUUCUGACACCUGAGCAGACAGUGAAUGCACUCCAUACAAAACUCAAAUACAAGAAUAUUUUGGAGGAGAAAGAGUUAUACACCGUACACAGUGCUAUAUUUUUAGAGUAUGAAGGAUCCUCUUUUUUAGAGUGGCAAUACCCUGAGAGUUGUGACAUCAAUAACAAGAGCUCACCCAAUGCUGUUAUUUGGUGCGAAUCUUCUGGAUUUCAAACUGUAAAGCCAUUGGUUUCUGUAAGGGAAGAGGAGCGACACCUUUAUAUAAGUGACUCAUUUUUCAGUUUUGCGUGGUAUGCUGUUAUUCCUGAGCUCAGAAAUGCAUCUGAAAGUGACUCCCAGAUUGUCCGAAUAUGGAUCAUUGAUCCAGACCAAGCAGAAAGGACUGAAAUUUACAACACUGCACUUGUUCCCUCUAUACAUUCUAGAUAUCUUACUAAGCAAUUACUCAUCAGUGGAGCAUAUCCAGUCAUUGAGUCAUCUUCAUUCUCUCAGACAGUACAGAGUUACUUUACAAAUCAGGGAUUUUGGGAGGCUCGCCUUCUUGGUAACCCUGAAUAUCAUAAUUUUUGUAUAGUUGGUCAGUCAGUCUCUUUUCAUGGACGAUGUGUUGUUUCUAGUCAACAUACAUUUUACAUGGCAUCCCCAGAGAAACCAUAUGGUGACAGAGAGGUAUCCCUAUGCCUGCCAACAGGGAGCCAGUUGUCUUUAGUAUGGGGUGUAUGUACCCCUUACCGAGCCUUACUACUGUCUGAAAAAGGCACUUUCAUGACCAAGAAUGCUUUCCUCACUUAUGAGGAGGUCAAGGUCGACCCUGGAGAUUUGCAUGUGCCAGCUGAGGGUUAUUUUACUAUUUUUGAGGCUGCCCUAUUGGAGAAUGCCUUAAUAUUCCGCAUAGGAGAUGCUCUUUUCUGGAGAGACAACAAGGACAGAAUAUUGAGGAUGAAUCCAAAGAAAUUGCUGGUUCAUGGGGUUAAAGGCCUCAAUUUCAGAACUCAGUGUGUGGAUUACUACCCUUUGCAAGCCUUUGAACUUGCUUCAGUUCUUGCAUGGAAAGACCAUGAACUUUAUAUAGGUGGAAAAAGUCUGGACUGGCAGACUAACAACAGCUAUAUGACAAAGGUACUGAGUCUUCCCAAAACUGCCACCAUCCUUACUGCCUCGUUUGGCUCCCAUCCAGAAGCUUUGUGUGCACUGGUCAUGUACACACACAAUGACGACCCUGUACGACUUUCCCUGCUCACAUUCUAUGAGACGGAAGGUAUCUGGAGAACCAGCACAUUCUUGAGUAACCUCAAAGAGCAGGAUGUUCUUCAGGGCCCAUUUCAGAUGUUCUUUGUCGGCUCAGCUUUGGAAACUCUGCUGGUGUGGAACAAAGAUGUGAUGCUCUAUAGUUUUCACAAUGAUAGUGAAUGGGGAUACAUGCAACCAACUGAUUCUUCCAGUCUAAGCCAAGCAGCCAGUGGUAGCCACAUUCAUCAUGUGGUCAUGGACCACUCAUGGAACAUGCUGAUUAAGAUGGAGAACAAUGUGUUGUUCUUCUGUAAAGCUGGCAUAAAUAAACUGCUGCGGCUUCCCACUUGGACUGACUCUGGAAGUUCCAUGGUACUCUAUCUAAACCAGAAGAAUCAGAUCGAUAUGCUGAUAUUGUCAGACAGUGGUCUGCAUGUGCAGAAGUACCCUUUGCUGAUGGAGAUCAGGAGUGCCAUGCGAGGAGGGGUCCACGGCUGUCCCUUUAUUGGUUUCACACACAAGAUGAAGAGGCAUGUCUACUACCUGGACAAGGGAGAUCGCAAGGAGUUGUGGGCCCAGAUAGUCUACCAUGAAGGUAAGAGUAUUGAUGUGAAGCUGCACAUGAACAACAAACAUCUGCUGCAAAUCGCAGCAAGGACUCAUUUUGAGAGUGUGCGCCGUGUGGAAACUAUAAACAAGGAACCACACCUCAGAAGCGUGCCAAACAACUCGGGUCUAAUCUCACAAUCAAGUGGUAUUGUCUCUAUGGAGCUGUUACCAACCCAGAUUGGAAAUGCUUGCUAUCUGCCAAAAAAUCAGGUUUCCCACUUACUUGUGGGGUGCCCACCAAACAGGCACAUUCGUGUAGUAAAACCACAGGAAAUUCCAUGCGAGAUGCACACCUUUGAGAAAUAUACCAUUCCAGGAUCUGUGCUGAGAAACCCAAAAAAGAAAGAUCUGCUUGUGCACUAUGACUGGAAGAGGAUUGGCUGUGUGUUGAAAAUGAACUACAAAGAUGCCUUUCGCCCUGAUAUCGAUCUGUAUGAUGGAGACACAUUUGUGCGUAGUGUUUAUGCCAACUUCAUAGUGUGGGAGAAGUUUGGUCGAAAAGACUAUUAUUUUAAUGCAACCAUGCGACAGGUAACUUGCCUUCAUGAGGCACAAACAUGGAAAUCCAUGCUUGCCGACAAGAAGCAUCCUGAAGAGGCCUGGGGACCUCAUAAUUACAGGAGCUGUUUUGUUCAUACCUCUAAAAAACAGGGAAACCUUGACCAACCCUAUGAAAUUAUGAAUAGGAGUUCCAGGAAUUACCUCACUUUUUCCCAGAAAGAUAGUGCUACUUAUGUCUUUAUUGUAAAGAUUCUGGACCCAGAUUACAGCUUUUGUGAUCUUCGUGCUGUGUUUGCUGUUCAAACAUAUGGAAUAAAAAUCAAGGACCAGCGCUUGCCCAUGUAUGUGGUUUUGAUUCUUACCUGCAUCGCACUCAUCAUGCUGUGUCUCAUCUUCUACAAAUAUGUCACAGUCUUUCGAAACAUGCUUCGGAAAAAACAUCUGUGAAUUAUUACUCAGUGUAUUAGUUAAUUAGUAUAUUUAGUUUCAGAUACUGUUAGUUUACUCUCAGUGCCACAUUUAUUUAAAAUCACACAACCAAUGUAUGUUUAUUUGUGUUCCUUUCCCAGCCCCCCCAAUUAAAUUAAUCCUCUCACAGUGAGCUUUGUUAUUUGUGUUUAGAAAUCAUAUUUUUUUUCCAAUGUUUGUUUAAUAAA